UAGCCAAGCAGCAGCCACUGAGACACACACACACGGACUGGGUGUCUUCAUGCAGCCACAAGAAGGACCUCAUUAUCAUUUCUUGGAGUAAACACAUUUUCGUCAUCGGGAGUUGUUGGGUGUUUUUUUUUUUUUUUUUUUUUAAUUACAGGAUCCGCGUCAUUGCGAGCCGCGCGCGCAUUCCUCAGCAGGAUUUGCGCAUCUCCAAUUGCAAAUUGUUUGGUGCUCUCCAAGAGAGCGUUGUUUUAAUUUUUCCUGCCCGGCAGAAAGCUCUCAUAGUCAUGCUCCAGAGGCGACUGGCGACGCGUUUCAUCUGAAAUCCUCGCCUCUCAUAAACAUGGAACAGCAGCUCUCCAAACCGGAAUGCAAAAACAUGGAUGCGUGUCUGAGGCGACUGAAGCAAGAACUGCUGUGUAUGAAAGAAGCCGGAGAUGGCCUCCACGCUCAGAUGAAUUCAAUGAUGGGAGCCCUCCAGGAACUCAAGCUCCUUCAGGUCCAGACAGCACUAGAGAACCUCGACAUUUCGGGUCGUCCCAUUAACCGAGGAUUCCCACAUCCAGCUCCUCCUGAAGCUACAGCGGCUUCCACUUCAGGCAAGGAUUGCAGCUUUAGCCAAACCAUGCCUGAGGAGCCUAGACCGAGUCCGAUGCCAAGUCCCAGGCCGUCGCUGGAGAGCAGAAACACCUUCAGCCGAGACGACAGGAGCCUGUCUCGAAACAGAAGCAGCCUGGGAACCUCGUCUUCAUCGGCAUCCAGCCUUGAGAGCGAAAGCGAGGGAAGUGAAAGAAGUGGAAGAAGCGUGAGAAGUGAGAAUGACCUUGAGUCCAUACCCAAGAGGUGGUCAGGAUACUCCGCCCCUCAGGUGGAUUUCUACGGACCAAUGGUGGGAAACCCUCCACCGGAGCCCUACCCUCAGCCACAGGCUCCCCGCCGCGCUCAGCCGGUGGACCUGCCCGGGAUCCUGUACAGCCUCUCCAAAGAGGGCCCUUCACUGGACAGCGACUACUCCCAGGACAGCACAGACGACGCCAGCGACUGGACUUCUUCGCUCAUGAGCCGCAGUCGCAACCGCCAGCCCUUAGUGCUGGGAGACAACGUCUUCGCCGACCUCGUGGGCAACUGGCUGGACCUGCCCGAGGUGGAGAGGGAAGAGGGGGAGGAAGAGGAAAGGAGAAAGAGCAGAGAGGAGAGGAUAGCGGACGGAGGAGCAGACAGACCAGACACCCCAGCUCACCCUCUUCGCCUCAGCCGCUCGCAGGAGAUCUGCAGGAAGUUCUCGUUAACCACAAACAUCUUCAAGAAGUUCCUGCGCAGCGUCCGGCCCGACAGGGACAAGCUGCUGAAGGAGAGGCCCGGCUGGAUGGCUCCUGAGCUGCAAGAGGGCGACCUUUUCAAAAGGCCAAAGAAAGUGGCACCUAAAAGUUCAAAAGGCAGCUUUUACCUGCCAUUCUGGGCAAACGGACAGCAGGGCAAAGGCAGGCCGUGUCCUCAUCUAACUGACACAGAGGGGACCCACCAACACCACUUCCCCCAGGUCCACCAGCAGCCAUUUGCUGGGAUUUAUUUAGACAAGAGACAGCCUGAGACUGGUCUGGAGAAAAUGCAGCCCUUGUUUGACUACAACACAGCUGUGUGGGUCUGACAGCGAGUCUCACGCCAACAGACUGCUGGCGAUGCCAAACUGAGUGAGUGGCAGGUGCUGGGGGGAUUUCAGGCUGUGUGACUGAACGUGGAUACAGUUAUCUUCCAAAAACGAACCCAUGAACUUCACACCCACAACGAGAUUAUCAGGGCAACAGUUUGUCUGACAAUCCUAAAAACCUAAACCUUGUUUGCUGUGUGUGUGUGGCUGUGUGAGUGUGUGCUGGAGAUGGAGUUAGAGAGAUUUUUUUGAGGACUUAUGCUGCAAGUUUUGUAUUAUUCAAAUGUCUUCUUAUGCCUGUGUGCAUGUAUGACUGAGUCUCUGGAUGUCUUAAAAGACGGUACAUUGAAACGGACUUUCUCUUUCUCAGAAUGUCACCACCAUUACAGAUCUUUGUAAAAUAGUCCACUGACACUAUAGGACUCUCACUUCUUUGCAUCUAUGAAUGGAAACACCAACUGUUGGAUUGCAUGGUUACCGUUUUUAUAAGCGAUAGUACAAACAGCUGUUACUGAACGCACUGCCACUGAACAUAAGCUCACUUUUGUUUCCAGCAGGCCUCCACUGAGCGCCUUGGAAACUCAGGUUUAACCGAACCCGUCCGUCUCAUUCACUUUGCUCAGGGAAUGAAUGAUACACAGGAGUAAACUAUGAGACACUGCCGCAUUUAAAUGGGUUUCAAACACAGUUUAGAGAUGUCUUGCCUCAUUUCGUCUUGCCUAGAAAAAGACAUAACAGCAAUACAGUGCGUGACUAGUUCAAAGACUGCACAUUAAACUCUGUCCCUCGUAAUCAGCGAUGUCGUGCUUGUCAGAAAUGCCCCUUUUCCCUCUCUGCCGUGUAGACAUGGCACAUGUUGAGUUAACUGUCAGUCCGCAGAGAGAGGAGGGGGUAGAGAUGGCACAGCCAACCACGAGUGCUGACUGACUGACUGCCAUCUGGUACCCGGUUGUUAUGUAAAGCUCAUUCGCCACAGCCUUGAAGAAGAUGCAAAACGGGCUCGUUUAAUCCUAAAGCUUUGGGGAUGAACUGAAUUAUGAUGAUGGUGUUACAUACUGUAUAUACGCAGGUGAACGCAUCACAGGGCUGUAACAGCGAUGAGACGGUUGAGAGAGUGGAGGUAGAGACCCGUAAUCUAGGAUCAGGAUCAAUGUACAGAGCAUUGUACAUAUUUGCCAUCAACCAAACAGCAGCAAUAAUUUACAGUAAUAUCCCAUCGCAUGGUUUUCAUUAUUCUGCACAGGUAAAUAUGUCACCGUAUAAUUACAGUGAGCAUCAUCACACGUGUAUUUAAACCACAGACUGAUGAUUAAUCUUACAGUAUCUAUUCUCUUGUAUCAUAAUAAACAGUUUCAGUGUUUUUCUCAUUUCAACCAGCGUCACAACAGUUAAAAACAAACUGCAGCUUCCUUCGCAAACUCACACAAAUAUCAGGAUUCCCUCAGGAUUAUAGAUGACACUGCCCGCUCUGACGCAAAUACUUUGUCUUUAAAGAGGACCACUGUUAUGCAAGGACAAUCCGAUACUUUAACUUAUUAUUAUAACAGAAAAAAAACCCCAGUUAAUUUCACUCAAUUUUAAACAGGAUCCCAGACCAAUCAACUUAGCCAGCAGGGAUUAGGCCUGAGGUCUUUUGAGUGUCUUGGCCAGUCGAUCCAUAUGGUGUCGUCUCAGUAUUCAGGUCAAUACAUACUGUACAUUCAGAGGGUCCAACACACACACACACACACACACACACACACACACACACACACACACAGAUUCAAGGCAGGCACAGUCUGAGAUGUCAUAUCAUACAGUAUGUGUAUGUAAAUGUAACAUUUAUUUCUUCCUAUUUACGAGUCAUCUACGUGUCAUUUUUCAGCACUGUCGUUGAUAUUUUUCAUCGGGGUUCUGCGAACCUUCAGUAGUGAUUUUGUGUCAUGUGCACUGUAAAACUGUCACUGACUCUUUGUAAAUUAAAUCUGUUUUCAGAAAGAAA